AAGUUGCAGCCAUGUAAGUAAGCGGAGCGGGGAGGUGGGAGGGGCCGUUCCACCGACGCAGCCUUCCCCUAAGAACCUCCAAGGAGGCAAAAGGAGGUACCCCCGUGCGCUCCCCCGUGGCCCCUGAAUAGCUUGCACUGGAGACCGCACUCAUCUCUUGGGAAACAAGCUCUGUUUUCACUGCAACAAACGAAGACCUGGGAGAGCACUAGAGGGGCGAGGUGGCAGAGGAGGGGCGGGCGCAGCGGGCUCCAGGCGUCCCUCCAGGCUGCAGUUCCGGCGGACACUCGGGGACUCCUGAGCACCCCUGGGGACGCCGCCCAGGUAGCGGAGGAGGGGUGGGGAAGCUGCCCCCCCCCGAUUCGUCACCCCCAUCGCCCGAGGGCCGGCUGGGCCAUGUCCAGAAGCUCGGGCUCCGAGGUCCUGCCCCGCGCCCUGGGGUCCCGGAAGGCCGCCCCUCGGAGCCUUAGCUGCCUCUCAGACCUGGACUGCAGCGCGGCCUCCGAGCUGCGGCCUGGCCGACCCCUCAGGAGCCCGGCUCGCGCGCCGCCGUCCGCACCGUCAGGCUGUGACCCCAGCCUGCGACCCAUCAUCGUGAGGCGGGCGCACUCGCUGCCCAGCUCGCCAGAGCGCCGCCAGAAGGCCACCGGCGGCCCGGGCGCUGCGUGCCGACCGGGCUGCAGCCGGCAGCACCGAGUGCGCUUCGCUGACGCACUGGGACUGGAGCUUACGCAGGUCAAGGUGUUCAACGCGGGCGACGACCCUUCGAUUCCACUGCACGUGCUGUCGCGGCUCUCCAUCAGCUCGGACCUGUGCUGCAGCCGCCAGGACCUGGAGUUCACCCUGCGGUGUCUGGUGCCUGACUUUCUGCCCCCCAUCGAGGCCACCGACUUCCGAGAGCGCCUGGGGCGGCAGCUUGUGUGCCUGGAGCGCGUCACCUGCUCCGACCUGGGCAUCAGCGGCACGGUGCGCGUGCGCAACGUGGCCUUCGAGAAGCAGGUGGUCGUUCGCUACACCUUUUCCGACUGGCGCACCGCGCAGGAGGCCGUGGCCAGGUGGCGCGGACCCGCGGGCUCCGAGGGCACCGAGGAUGUCUUUGCGUUUGGCUUCCCAGUGCCGCCCUUCCUGCUGGCGCUCGGCUCCCGCGUGCACUUCGCGGUGCGCUACCGCGUGGCCGGUACCGAGUACUGGGACAACAACGACGGCCUCGACUACAGCCUCACCUGCCGCAGCCACGAGCUGCACAUGCCCCGCGGGGAGUGCGAAGAGAGCUGGAUCCACUUCAUCUGAGCCUCGGAGCUGGGGGCCUGGGGCCUGGCGCGUCGGCACCGAACCCGCUGCACCUGCGGCCUUCCUAGCUGGGCGCUCACAGGCGGUGGUUGCUCUUCCCCUCUCUAUCCCCAAACCUAAAUCUGCCCCCACGUCCUGCUGCAAGGUCCCCUGGCAGUGGCCACCCUGUCAUCUACUUGAAACAUCUGUGUCACUUGGUGUAAAAGCAGCCUCAGGUGGCCAGAAUGCCGAGUGUGUAGCCUGCUGGGGUGGUGCCGGGUGGGUCGCUGCGCGGGGCUCUGACUGGGUCCUUGGCAAAGGCCGGCAUCCUGCUAGGCAGCCUGACGCUUUUGCAUGUGCCGCGCUUGGGUCUCUGUAAACAUAGGUGUUAUUUGUUAUUGUGAUGCUGGGACCUUUUACCCCUGGUGGAUUCCUUCUCAGGAACAUUCUGAAUUUAACAAGCUAAAAAAAAAAAAAAAAAAAUUAUUUUGUGUAUUUUGCCCCAGUGUGACCCCAUCAUGGUCCAUUGAGGCAUUUCUGCCCUGGGGCAAGGAAAACCUGAGACCGCGUGUGCUUGCCAAUGUCUGGACUUCUCACCGUGCGGAGCUAUUAAUAGGCAAGAAAUGUAUGCCUCCUCAGUCAUCACAACCAUUCCUGGGAGUUCAGGCUGCCCUGGGUGAGCUGAGAGGGGAAAAAGGCUAAGACUAAGCUAGGAAAGCAGCCCCUUCCCUGCAGCCUCUCUCCUCACUUCCUUCUCUUGUGCCUGCUUGAUGAUUAUGUAUCUGCAUGUUAUCAGGCAACUCAGUUUAGGUUUGAAACUACAGAAACAUGGUAAGAAACUCUGCCUUAAGUUAUUAAAAUUUUCAGGCAACUAUAGAAUUUCAGGUAGCAAUGCCCUUUUCAGUUACAUUUUUGAUGAUCAAGGUGACUUUUAUGUCUUCUUAAGCGUGAGAGCAUUCUAGCCGUCGUAGUUCAGAAGUCAAGAUGCCAAGAGGAAUUAAGAAGUGUUUUCAGCAAUAGCAAGAACACUGGAGGAAAAAUACUUCACAAAUAUUUAUACUUUUUAAUGUUUUAAAUUGUAUUUAUAUAUGCCCGGUUUUUGUUUUAAAUUAUAUUUAUAUAUGCCUGGUUUUAUUAGCUAUCUUCCAACUUUAUUCUUUGUGCCUUCAGAUCAGAGAGUUUCUAACAUUGUCUGGACUUGUUUCCCACUUUUAAAAUGUUAAAUGUUUUUCUUUUUAAAAAAUCUCCAAUCAAGAAGUCAAGGCCUUUGUCCCCUGCAGAGUGCCACAGUGACUUAAAACUCGCAGCGAGGGGCUGAUGAUUUCUUCUGGUGCUGAGUGAUGGUUUUUCUGACAGCAGGUGCUAGCUCUGAAGUGUGAAAGCCCAGCCUGGAUGGACAAGUCCUCCAACUUGUGAAGUGUAAUUAUGAUACUGUUGCAACCUGUGUGGUCAACUUUGUGACAGCUGUCAUCAAUGAAUUAACUCUGAAUUUGUAAAUACUUGUUGACAUUUGUUAAAUCAAUAUGUAAAGGGUGAGUUUUGCCUUUUAACCAGUUUACUUUUUACAAUGGCAACUUUUGUGUUUUUAAAAUUCCAAGAAGAAAGAGGCUUUCUGAUCUAGAGGGAGUACCUUCUAACUUAAGAACACUGAAUUCUGAUUUAAAAUAUUGUGAUUAAAUUGAACAACCUUUCGUUCUUAAGACUGUUCACUACAUUAACAUGCAAGAGAGAGAGAAGCCUGGUUGCAUUUCCUGUUGUUUAACAAACUGUCCAAUUAGGUCAGCAAGACUGUGAGGUCCCUGGCUGCUUUGCCCUUGGCCUCGAUCCAGAGUGAAAGACAAUUAUCUAGAGUAUUCACAUAGGAAGGAUAGACUGCCAAAUAUAUUGUUGUAUAAAGGCAUGUAGAGAAUCUUAUAAUCCAUAUCAGAGUCAUUUGCCAAAAAGGCUCUGGUCAUGGAAUAUAAAUACUAUAUCUUCAGUAUUAAAAAACCUCAGCGUGCCUUUUAAUAACUUAAAUAUACUUGCUAGUUGAUAAAGUUCAGCUUAAGGAGAACUCUUCAGACCCUAAAACAGUUAUUAUAUUGCUUAGAUGUUAACAUUUUGUAAUGGGUUGUGCAAUCAUAGAGUUGUCUCCCAAACAUACUUUAAUGUCUGUUAUUUAAGACAAUUUCGCCCAGGCCUAAAAUUAAAUUGUAUGUGCACAAAUUGUUAGCUGGAAUGUGUUUUUCUUGUGGUGUCAUUAUAGAAACAAGGUGUUAGAAACUUCGUGAUUGUUUAAGUCAUUUCACAGUUAAGUCUUAUUCUUCCCAAAACAGUCAAAUUUAGUGUCUUGCUAAAAAAAAAAAAAGUAUGCUGGUACCUCAGUUUCAGUAGCAUGUCUUUGAGAAACUGAAAUACAACACUGUGUGCCAGCUCCCAUGAAGAAAUUUCUAGAGAAAUGUAGGAGAUGGGAUAGUGCUGUAACUUCUCUUGUGUGUCUGCCUCCCUCCGGAUGUGACUCAAAUAUAAAGCCUUGCACAUAAGGGGAAGGAAACUAACAUUUAUUGCGUCCUCUCUUAUUUGCUUGCCCACAGUGUUAGGUACUGUAUUUGAUUUCAUUUAAUUCUGAAAAUUACACUACCUGAUAGAUAAUAUCUCCAUUUUUUAAAUUUUCAUUUAUUUAUUUUUUAGCUGAAGAGAGUGGAACUCAGAGAGGUUUAACUAAUUCACCUAAAGUCCCACAGCUGGUAAAUAGCAGUUAUCAUUGAAACCUACAUCAGAACCUAAUUUUGAUGAUUUAGAUAAGGCUUUUAUCUAACACUACAAUCUUAAAAACCUAUUUUAAAACAAUUCAAAUAAGAUUAAAAUAAGUGACUGGCUUUUUUUCUUCCUUGUGGUAGUUUACUAAUGUUUACUAAACAACUCCUAUGCGUUUUGAACACAUGAAAAUAAAAGGACUCUAACUUUUCUUCUCUCUGCUACAAAGUGGCAAGCUGAGAAAUAACUACUUUUAA